AUGCCUUUCGAUGAAAAUGGAGUCAAAUGGUCUUGCGAGCCAUGCAUCCGUGGUCACCGAUCGUCAAAAUGCGCCCACUACGACCGCCUUAUGGUGAGCGUUGGAAAAGCCGGACGUCCGCUGUCCAAGUGUCCCCAUGUUGAAGGAAGUUGCAACUGUAAGAGGUUAGGUGCUUUUAUGGUUGCGAUCCCGAAAGGCUCCAGCUGUUAUUGUCGUCCUGUCUAUAAAAUGAUACUCGGGCAGAAUGGAACUACCCCGGCGCCCCUAGACAUGAUUGCUGCUCCUAGUGCUAGUGCUAGUAGUGCUAGUCCUAGUCCGAACAAGAUUCAAAAGUCCAGCAAAAAGCACGUGAAAACGGCACCAGAGCAGGUUACUAGGGCUCUUCAAACUAUACCUGAAUUCCACCAAAACGCCCUUCAAUAUGGGAGCUCGCCGCUCAUGAAUCCAUAUACACCCCAAGCACUAACACCCGGAUAUCCAUACAACGCUACUGGAACACUUACCCACCCUAACACCUUUCCCCUCACAAACGAUUUCUCAAACGGGUUGGGGCUUGCAACCAGUGGAUUUGCAGCCGGGGCAUUCCAUUCGAAUUCCUUCCAGUCGCCUGUACAGCCCGAAGCCCAUAUGCAGACAUCAGGUUCUUGCUGCUCAAAAUCCCGGCGGGAAAGCCCUAGUGGUAUUAAGGCAGAACCAAACAUCGUUGCGCCCAAUCCAUAUACUGUCUCUCCUUUGGCGACAUCUCCUGUGGCUGAGGCCUCUGCGUCAACCUGGCAGGGCUUUUCAAACAUAGAUGGUCAUUUUUCUUCUGUGGAUCCGACUCCUAACGGCUUCCACACCGGAUUUGCUUCUCACACGUCACCCACCAAUCAUGCUAGCAUCGGCUUUGAACAAGUACCUAUGGCACAGCCCGAGCUUGCUGCUGCUCUUGAACUCACAAAUCCAGGUCUAACCAAUCACACUAGUGGCGUCCCUCAUAGCUGCAACUGCGGUCCCGAGUGCAAUUGCUUCGCUUGUCCAGACCAUCCGUAUAACGACAUUACCGUGCAGCAUGUUCAGGAGAUGGGACGCAUCAUUGCUCAAGAUUCGCAAAUCUUAAGGAAUGGAAGCCAGCAGGAGAACACUCAAGCCAACGGACUUGGUUCCAGCGAGUCACAAAUGAGCCAGACGUUGGCCGAGCCUGAAAAUGACUUGCAAAAUAACCUUGACCCCAUGCCAGCUGGGUCGUGUUGUAGCACUGACAACGGUCCAUCAGAUGGUGAUCCCCACACGCAAGCUCUGGAGUCCUUUACCACAGACCACCUCAUGGUCCCAGAUGCUUAUUACACCUAUGAGUAUCAGGUUGGCCUCCCUGGCGCCUGUGCUGGAGAGGCUGGUAACUGCCAAUGUGGCCCCAGUUGCAGUUGCCUCGGCUGUCUAACCCACGGGAAUAUAUGA